ACACGGUCGUGUAACGUCACCCUCUGACGUGUCAGGUCACAAGUGAGUUUCAGAGUAAACACUACAUGCUGAGUUUACACCGUAAACUUGUAAAUCACUCACAAAUCGAGUUUAUUUUACAAAAUCUAAUCAUUUCUAAUUAGACGUCUGUGAAACUUAGAAACUGGAGCAUUAAAACUUGAAUCAACAUGAAUUUUGGUUCAAAAAGCAAGAAGCGGAUGGUCCUGCCGAGCCGACCCGAUCCCCCGACAGUGGAGCAGCUCAUUGAGGAUGUGAACCGAGCUUAUCCCAACGAUCCAGUAUUUACUAUUUUACACGACUCUGCAGAAGAUAUAAAGGGCAGAUCCAGCAGCAAUGAAGUGGAGGAGAAAUACCUGCAAAGUAGACGCUACAUAGAACUGCACGAAAAACUGCAAGAAGCGCGCAGCGAUCUCACGAGGCGCAGGGAGGAGCUGCGCGCGACCGGAGAGGCUUUGGAACAGAGCAUGGCUGAGGUGAAAGGGAGCGCGCUUUGACAUCGUUCCUUGCACCAACAACUCAAGUCUUUGAUUUGUGGAACACAGAAGGAUCUGUUUCAACAGUGGUUGGUGAAUAGACAUGCUACAACAAAUUGUAAUGACAACAAAUAGAGAUGUAUCUCAAAAGAACAAUGCAUAGCCUUUUCCUUGCAUUGCAAGCUUGGUGCAUGCACAGACAUUUUAUUCUUUGCUGCUUUUUGGCAGCGAUUGACCUAUUUAUUGACCCAUGAUGAAUUUACCCAAGAUCCAUGCAUCUUGCUUUAGACUAAUUUGCAUUAAAUGGAAUUUAAGGUAUCGGGGCCGUAAUUGUUUCCAUAUUUUUGUGGGAUGAGUUGUCAUUUUCCAAAGCUGAGGUACAUCCAUGUUUUUUAAUAAGCUUGGUGGAACAGAUUGUGAUGCAUCUACUCAACCAAUAUUAAGUAUAUGUUGUUUUUCUUCACAUGGUGUGUUUAAUCAACGUAGCUAGAUGUAUAGUGUAUAGUAAUUUGUGCACAAGCCCAAACUACGAGGAACUUUCUACCGGUCUAAGAGGACCCGUAGUGUGUUGUUUAGUACAAUUAAACAAAUUAUUGACCCUG